GUGCGCCUCCUGUCCCCGAGCCCCCAGCCCGCGCCCCGCUCCCGCGUCCAACCUCGCACCGCACCCAGGCGCGCUCCCGGGCACCCCAGCCCGCCUCCGCUCCCGCACCUGCACCCCUCCCCCGGGCCUCGGUAGGCGAGGACACGUCAGGGGACAUAAAUAAAUAAAUAAUUCCAUUCAGCGGAUGACAGCGAGGCGAGGCGGCUGCAGCUGGGCGGGGGGACUGGGAGAGCGGCGGUGCGCACCGGGUGUCAGAGCCAGAUAACAGUAUACCAUGUAUAAACGUGAAUGCUGUACUCACUUAACUGCACCACACUUCAUAUGUUACUAGGAAUCAAGCUUGGCAUGUGGUGCUUUCCUGUGGAGACUUACACAGGCCAUCUGGGCCCCGUGAACUCAGAACAGUACACCAAUAGAGCUAUCUUAUAAUCUGGAGUCUGCUCUACCUCUCCCUUCAUAUUGCCUUCAAAUAUUGCACGUCAACAUAAAGUGACUAGGCUUAAAUAUUCUACACACCACCCAAAGCUGUUAAAGUGGUCAUCUGGUGGCAGGUUACUUUAGUCUCCAGUAGAAGUGCAGAAAUGCCAACAGAGUCUUCCGCACCGCUUCCAAACCCACUUCCUCCUGAUGGAGGGUGGGGCUGGGUUGUAGUCUGUGCGUCCUUUAUCUCCAUUGGAUUUUCAUAUGCCUUCCCCAAAGCUGUCACGGUAUUCUUCAAAGACAUCCAGGAAAUAUUCCACACCACCUCCAGUCAGAUCGCGUGGAUAUCAUCCAUCAUGCUGGCUGUCAUGUAUGCAGGAGGUCCCAUCAGUAGUGUGUUGGUGAAUAACUAUGGCAGCCGGCCUGUGGUCAUCGUGGGAGGAUUAUUAUGCUGCUGUGGAAUGAUCCUGGCCUCGUUCAGCAAGAGUGUGAUAGAGCUUUAUCUCACCAUUGGCUUCAUUGGAGGUUUAGGAUUAGCAUUCAACCUGCAACCAGCCUUAACAAUAAUUGGAAAAUACUUCUAUAGGAGACGACCCCUUGCAAAUGGCUGCGCCAUGGCCGGAAGUCCUGUUUUCUUAAGCACACUGGCUCCUUUCAAUCAGUACCUAUUUAACAGCUAUGGCUGGAAGGGGAGUUUUUUGAUUUUGGGAGGCAUAUUUUUGCACUCCUGUGUGGCCGGGUGCCUCAUGAGACCUGUCGGGCCAAGUUCACCUGCUAAGAAGUCUAGAAGUAAGGUUGGCUCAAGACAUGAUUCAACUAUGAAGAAAGCCAGUAAGCUAUCAACAGCACAAAAGAUUAAUAGGUUUUUAGAUUUCAGCCUUUUUGGACAUAGAGGAUUUUUGAUCUACCUAUCUGGAAACGUUAUCUUGUUUUUAGGGAUCUUUGCACCUAUUAUAUUCUUGGCUCCAUAUGCUAAACACAAAGGAGUGGAUGACUAUAACUCAGCUUUGUUAUUGUCUGUGAUGGCUUUUAUUGAUAUGUUUGCUCGGCCUUCUGUUGGAUUAAUAGCCAACACUAGCUUAAUCCGUCCACGGAUCCAGUACCUCUUCAGCUGUGCAAUCAUUUUUACUGGCAUAUGCCAUCUCUUAUGCCCCUUCGCACAAACCUACGCAGCUUUGGUAGUCUAUGUUGUAUUUUUUGGAUUGGGAUUUGGAAGCAUUAGCAGCCUCCUCUUUGAAUGUCUUAUGGACCUUGUUGGACCUACCAGGUUCUCCAGUGCUGUGGGACUCGUCACAAUUGUGGAGUGUUGUCCAGUUCUUUUUGGCCCUCCUUUGGCUGGUAAAUUGCUUGAUAUAACUGGACAAUAUAAAUACCUGUACAUAGCCAGUGGAACAGUCGUGUUAACAUCAGGUACUUACCUACUGAUUGGCAAUGCUAUAAACUAUAGACUUCUCGAAAAGGAAAAGAAGAGAGACAAGGCAAAGAAGAAGAGAUCAGCUACGCAGCAGUCCAAAGAAACUGAGGCCUUGAACAGACCUAAGCAGGACGAAGUUACUGUCAAAGUUUCAAAUACACACAAUCUUCCCCCAGACAGGGACAAAGAAAGUAGUAUUUAGCAAGUUCCACCUCCAAAUCAGUGUUCAUGAGUUUAGUUAGGAGUUUCUUUGUGUUUUUUUUUUCCAAGAAUUGCAAAGGAUUUUAGCUGCAACGAAAGAUGGCAAACAGUAACAACGCUGACAUCUUCCUCAAUGACACACUAGAAGUUAAUGCUUUAACAUUUGUUGGGAUGGUUCACUCUUAAGAUUGUCCAUGUAGAAAAUCCACACAGUUGCUCAUCUGCACACCUGGGUCGCGAUGAUAACAGAAUUUUUUAAUCUUCUGCUGACUUUCGCUUUUUAGCUGCAGAAUUAGAUCUGCACCCCAGACCUCGGCUUACCCUAAGCACAACUCAACAUUAGGUCCACAUAAUGACUCUCUUGAAGGUUCAGUUUUUUCAUCUGAUAUUAAGUCAUGAAGUGAAUUGAGGACAAUCAUUCUUUCUUUUCAACACACAAAGAAUUACACAUGUAUCUACACAAACACUGAGUAUCGGGAGAUCAGAAAGAAAUAAAUGAAUUUGAAAAAAUUAUUAUCAUAGUCAUUUUUAAGACAAAGGGAAAAAAACUCCACUGGGGUGUGGGAAUAUAUUAUGUCUGCAUGCAGUUUUGCAGUGUGGAUUAAAAAUAACAGUCUAUGGUGAAAAAAAAAAUCAAAGUGUUAUUAACUCAAAAAAAGCUAAAGGGAAAAAAUCUACACGGAUACGUUUCGUUAAAAACAAAACAGAACUAGUUUUUCACAUCAGUCUGCCACACUUGUGCCAGUUCAAUCUACACACCUACCACAGUUUCUUUGAGAGGUCACAAUUAGGGUUGGGUGCUAGAUAGUAGAACCACUCGAUUAAUUUUCAGAAUUCAUACCUAACAUGUAAAUUGAUUUAAAACGCAGUGACACUGAAAAAUCAGAUGAAUCCAUUGACUUUAGAAGCCUUUUAAGCCAUGAUGUACAUGUUCUGAUGACUUUUUAAAAGUGGGGGCCCAAUGCAGAUUUAAUGGUGUGCUGAACUAUCCAAGCGAAAUAAAUUAGAAAAUCUGACGUGUUCAAGUAGACCAGAUUCUAUUUUUUCCCCUCAGCACAAAGUAGUAAUAUCAGCUUAAUCUUAUGAGUAAUUCAUAGGAGUAGAGCUGACAAGACCAGGGGUCACUUCUGAGCCCUGCUAACAGGAUCUUAUAAUGCUUUACUACAGUAAGCAAAAGCAAAAACCAAACCUAGGCCUUGAAUUCCAUCCCAGAAGACAGCUCAUGGUACAAAAGAAGGAAGGGAAACACUUGAAAAUUCUGUCCUCUACUGAUUGGACUAUCCACGACUGAGAAUAGAACCCAGAAGCUGGAGUGUGUCCCCAGGACACUUCUGGCAAUAUAGGCUGUGGGGACUGACAGACAUGUAGUUUAUAACACAGUAGCAACAUGGUAGAGAAUUAUUGCGCAGGCCACUUUACCAUUUUGCUCAUUUUCCAAACCUAAAGUGUCUAGAAUUCAAACUCAUUCUUAGUACACUCUUUGAGAGGUCUGUGAUUUCCUAUUGUGUACAUAGCAACUGAAACUAAGUAUUCUUAUAUGUCUCAUGUCUUAUUUCAUUUUCUGAUAAAUAGGAAGAAUUUAAUACUUUAUUAUUGAAGUCACUCUUAUAUUCUCGUCUUCCUCCUCCUCCUCUUCCUCCUCCUCCUUCUUUCUUCUCCUUUCUUCUCCUUCUCCUCCUUCUCCUCCUUCUCCUUCUCUUUCCCUUUUAAUAGAGGUGGGUGCUAUUCUUAUUUCUUAGACUCUCCUUAGACACCACAUUUUCAUGAUAUUAUUAAGUUUUGAUUUGUUUAUAACAAUUAUACACUGCUUCAUACAUGUGUUUUAUAGGUUCAUAUUUAGGCAGCAAAAUAAGAUUUUAGUUUUCUUCAUUGAUCAAUUGAUUUUUUGAAUAUGAAAAUGUUUCUAAUUUCCAAUUAUUUAAUAAAAACAAGAUGUGCCAAUAUUGUAGAGAAAUUAAGCAGGGCAAUAUAUGACACUAUAUGACGUUAAAGAAAAGUUAGUCCCACCCAAUCUUGAAUCACCUUUAUAUGAUUACUUCCUUCAUAUUUACUUCUGUUUGUCCGAAUAAAUCAUCCUAGUCAACCAUAAGUUCUUCCAACAAGAAUUUCUUACACUCCUUGAAAACUAAUAUACCUAUGAGACAAUAGGAGGAGAGAAGCAGUAAGGUGUGAGAAGUACAAAGUCCGUGUGCUCUACCACCAGCAUGAGGGGAUGCUGUGGGUGGAUUCCAGGGCCUCUUUCUCCCUGAGAAGUGGUGAUGGCACUUGCUGAUGAAUCAAAUCAAAACCAACUGCAUUUCCUUCCUUGUUUUUCAGUUGUCUUAAUUCACUUAAUUUGUCAUGGUUAUUGUGUUGAUUUUUUAAGAGGGUGGAGGCAUUGCAAAGCACAUGACCUGAUGUGUAGUCAUGCUACAAACAUGACAUGAUAAGUGUGUACAUCUGUAAUGGAUGGAUCCUAAGUUAAGCCAUGUCUCAUUUGAAUCAGUAACAAAACCAUAAUAGAAAAGGAUUCAGUUUUUUGGUUUUACUGGUCCACUGCACCUGUUGAAAUAUUUGCUGCUUUAAUGAAGCCUUUCAAAGACUGAGGAAAGGCUGCCCGGCUAAAGCAUGUGUCCCUAAUUACCCAAGGAGAGGAAAAAAACAUUGGUACACCUUUGUCUGCAACCUUAGUGCUGAACAUAUCACCACCACCAAGGAGCAACAGAUUUUAGAUGUUUGAGAUAAGACACUAGAUUGGUACCAUUAAAAUGCCCACUAUGUUCUACUGAUUACCUCAAGAUUAAAAGAACUAGAUAGAGUACUCACAAGUUAUGAUCAUUAGCUUGCUUACAUAUUUUAUCAUUUAUUGUUAAACAUUCCAUAGUUUUUGCUAUUUAACUAUUUCUUUAUCACCCAUAGACAAGUGGAUAUGGACUUGUUUUGGCCUAGUCUUUCCAGCUCCUUUUUGAAGAGGCAAUGUGCUAGGUACUGAUAGUUACGACAUGACGUUUUUAGUAUAAAGUCACGUGACUUGCAGACUUCCCCUUUCUGUCCUGUGCUCCAACCACCUUCCCUCACAUGCUCCACCCAGGCAGCAGAAAAUAAGGAAAACAGUUCAAUUUGGUGUGUUCAAAAGUAUUCUGAAAGAAUACUUUGUAAGUAAGCUUCUAUACUUGCUUCUAUCUCUACAACCUGACAAUAUGAAAAAUUAUAAAUGUAAUUGUAGAUAGAUGUUAUUAUUAAUAGUUGAAAUUAUAUUUAUCCAAAGAAUGCCUUAUAAAGAAAGAAAAGACUCAUACAAUUUUUAACCUUUAAUAAAAUAAAAUAUCCCAAAAGUUUGGCUCAAUUUAUUAGGAGAAUACAAAUUAGAGCAGGGGCUAAGAGGUCUGUGGCAUGCAUUUUGCCUAUGUAAUGCCUUUUAAUAUUUAAACCAAAGCCAUACUAGAAGUCAUUAACUUGAUAUGAUAGAAUGUCUCUCUCUCUCUCAUCCCUCCACAUACAGAGAGAGAGAGAGAGAGAGAGAGAGAGAGGAGAGGGAAGAGAGAGAGAGAGGAGAAAAGGGAAAGAGACAUGCACAUGCAAGCUCAGGAAAUUUAUGUUAAAAAUAUAUUGUCAAACCAAACUUUAAUCUUUGGUUUAUCACAAAGCAGGAAGAGUCCCUAGGGUGUUCACUCAGCUUCCAAAUACAAAUGACUGUAUCAUAAGCAGGUAGAAAGACAUAUGUAAAAGUGUAAACUUCACGUUGGAAUUUAGACCUAACUUCAAUCUGUAUAAUGAUUUAUUAUAUUCCAUUAGCAACUGUAAGCAAAACAUAGUAUCAAAUUGCCUGCUUCUCUUAUAAGUUCAAAUUAUCUCAAAUGAUAAUUAUAUCUUAAAGUGUCUUCAUAAAACAUCUCAUACAAAUGAUGGCAUGUUUAUAUGACUCCUAUGUCAUAUGUUUUCCCUAAAAUUGGGACAGAAGAAACCAUUUCUUAUUACACAUAAACUGUUCCUAUAUUCGUUACCUAUAGGUGUAAACUGUAAAACUUACUUUAAAACACGAUUUGCAUUUUAGGGGCUAUCCAUUUGUAGGAUUGCCCCAGAAGUCAAGAAAUGUUUAUGAAAUAAUUCAGUUCAUUGGGACAGUAUAUAUUUAUGUUCAUUAUUUGAAAAUAAAAACACAUUCUAUGUCCUCACCUUUCGGCCUCCUCUGACGCUGUUCCUUGUUCCAUGGAGAACAAAGCUGCUUGUGUUGUCUUCUCUUGCUAGACUUUUUGGAGAGCAAAUGCAUGUCUCCUUGCUUGAGAUCAUUCUCAACACACCGUUUUCUGCAUGAUGUCCUCUAUGUUGCCGGUGCCCAUAUUCAUUUAUGAUUUUCAAGAAUAGCUUCCCUGAGGCAGAAUGUGCCUCAGGUCAGAACUUCACAUCCUCACACAUAGAAAAGAGCCUUCUGAUUCCAGGUCUUAGACUUCUGAGAAUGGAAAGGCAUUUGUGUUCUUGAAGACUGCUUUCAAAUAUGGAUUUUUCCCCAUAUGCAUGAUAAAUACAUAAUUGAAUCCAAUUUGACAAUCUAGCAAAAUAAAUCUGUCCUUGACACUCACCUUCUGGAAUUUCCCUAAUUUUCUGAAAGUGCCUCAGGCCUUCAAGAACUAGAAUUAACAGUGGUACACCAUGGCAGUGUCAAUAUAAUGGAGCCACAGAUAAAGAUCUGUCACCACUGUUCACAGUUAUAAAUGUAGCUCAGAUUGUUUUUAAGUCUCCACGAUCCUAUCACUUUUACAGAUUUGACUUCUGUGUGUCCCUAUGCUUCUGCAUGUUGGAGAGCACAGGGAAAAAGCCAAGAGACACACACGUCAGAAACUCUAGUAAUAAAAACACAAGUUAUUUCUGUUAAAACACUUAAAUGAACAAUGCACUGAGGGCACCAUUUUUACCAUGCAAACUUUAGUCUGCGUGUUCAUAUACAAUAGAAUUUGCAUCUUCACACAGUAUUACAAGAUUAGAAGUUCUCAUCUUGCUUUCUUUGAUACAGUGAAGGACAGAGUCUGAAAAAGUGGUGAUAGUAUUGUUAAAGACAUUUUCAAAUGUCUCUACAUUGAGCAAAAUUAACAUUGGCAUUGAACAGAAUCAUGCCUAUUCCAGUCCCUGAUGCUUCAUGAUCCUUCCCACCCUUCUUGGCCAUUUUAUUUCACUUUUUGAAUUUCCUUCUCCUAUAAUGUUUAGACAGGCAUUAAAUCUUUAAGAUUUUUGUCCUAUCUUUCUGGACGUUCUGCACGUAGAAUACAUCCUUAGCGGUGGCACUUUAAUAACAUUUUCAUUGUCUUUGUGAUCUUUUGUAGUCUGGCCUUCAUAGAUAGUUGUUAAGGUGAGCAAUGUUCAGCAGUAAUAAAGAAAGCCAGUAUAUUAUCAGAUUAACAUCACAGUGACUAAUUUUUCUUUACACGAUAAAACAGGCUUUACAUUUAUUUUGCAUCUAAUGAUAAUUUUAUUAGACCUACUUUAUAUACAACAUGCUCACCGAAGUAACCACAGGUUUCUGUGGGCCAAACUUUUACCAUCUACACUAUAAUUGAAGUCUGAGUAAUGCUGGACUUCAUGAGAUAGGACUAGCCAAUUAUAAUGCUGGUUUUGGAGCAUUGGAUAUAAUACAAAUAUAAUGUAUCUUGAUUUGUAGCAUAAUUUUGUUCGACAUACACAAAUAGUGAAAGUUAUGUUUAAUUAAUUCAUCACAUCAUCUUGCCUCUCUAAGCUCUUUUGUUAGUUACCCACAUUUUGAAGUAUAUUAGAACAGAGUAGAACCUUUAAGUUAGCCUAAUGCUCUGAUGGAGUGCAAGACUGAAAAUAGAACCCAUCUUUUCACUAACAUUUCUUUAGUUCUAUACAUUUAUAAGCCCUGUGUCAAUAAUGAUGACCUUAUAGAAUGAAUAAAAUAUUUCCCCAAACACAAUAAUCCUUCAUAUUCAGUAUAACUACAUUUCUUAAUCCUACUUUGCAGUGUCAAGAUUGUAAGCUCAACUUGAAAAAUAUCUACUCAUGGCUGCAGUACACAAUUCUAGGUAAGGCACAGACAGGAAUAGGCUAUUGAAUUUUGCACAAUAUAUGUUAUUAUGGUAACAUCAAAGAGUAGCAUAAUACUGGUACCAUUAAUGUUAAUAGAAAUUUUAUCAAUGUUUCUUUACCCUUUUGCCUAUAUCUAGACAUUUUUAAGGAUGCAUAUUUCCAAAAUAACUGCCGUCACUUAGUUUAAGGACAUUACUCAUACAGUGCUCUAAGAAUCUGAAAAUAUAUUAAGGAAAGCAUUAGGAUGAAUUUUAUCAGACAGAACUAGAUGCUUAUCAGGUGUCUGACAACAAUGUAACCUAAGCUGUGAUGUCAGAGCACACCAUUUCUAUCUACAGUGCCUCCAUACAUAUUGUCUCUACAAUUAGAAACAACAAAAAACACCAGAAAUCAUAGUGAAAUAAAUUCCUGGAAGAAGAGUUGUAACUGUUGUCAGUUUAUUUUAGCAAAGUGCAAGAAACAGUAUUCUGCCUAGAUAUGGGUUUUCUUUAGUCACUAGCGACAUUUACUAUAGGAUCCUCAUUGUAAUGAGGAUGUCCAUAAACUGCACGGCCCAAGAGAAUCUUGCGUGCAUAUGGGAGACCUUCUUCUUCAGGCAGGUGCAUGCUGCUUAUAGACUGAUGCCAUGUGACCAAUUGACAUUGUCAUGGUGAUGUGACAUGAAUAGCUUCAGUAUCUGUGACAUUUUUCUUCAUAAUGAUAAAAUUUGAUAUCAUUCUUUAAUAAAAUAAUUUCUAUACUGUAGGUGAAAUGGAAGGAUCUUCCCAAAUAUUCAUUAAGAUUGGCAAUUGAUUGAUUUGAAACUUCUUAAACAUGUGUUAAUGAAAUAUUUUCUAGAAUGAACAUUUCUCCGUUUGUAAAGGAAAUUUUGAAAAAAAUUAUUACAACUUACAUGCUUUCAAUAAGUAUUUUCUUAUAAAAUUAAAUUGUAACUAAGGUUGUGGGGGAAAGUUAUAGCAUAACUUGUUACUAAUAAGACACCUUUAAGAUACACUUUACUAUAAUCACACCUAUCUUUUGAAAGAGUUCCUGAGGAGAAUGUGUUUCAGAAUUAAACUGUAAAUUUAUUUUAAUUAUAAAUCAUGCCUUAAGCUCUGCUUCUAAGAUUUCAAAUUGAAAAUGUAAUGUGUUUUGCUCUCUGUGUAUUUUGGUGACCACUGAGCAAACCAUCACAAGGUCAGAUAAAUAUGGGUAUUCCCUGAAAUAAGACUAAGAUAGCCUUGUUUAUCACCCAAGAUGUUUCAGUUGGCUGUUCUGUGAUAGAAGCCAUGGCUGGACCUGCCUCUUCUUGUGAAAAUAAAGUAUAAAAUAUUCAGUGUGAAUGCCUGCAGGUGUUUAGAAAUGCACAAUGAUAGACUGCUCUUCCUUUGCCUUCGCACAAGUCACUAAGUUCAUCUUGGUGUAUAUUCCUAGAAAGUUUUGUAUAUGUAGCAAUUCCUAAUUUAGAAAAUAAGACCUGUGUAAAAGUGCCCCCACCCCAAAUGAAAGAUAAAGGUGUUUUCAUAGAGAUGCAUAUUUUAUUUUAAUUAAAUACUAUGUAGAUUUAUUUAAAUCCAAAGUAAAUUGUUUUGGUAAUGAGCUUCUUUUAAAGGAAUUGUCCUAAGUUGCUGAGGCUCUAAAAUGCCUGUCCAGCUGUAGAGCCACAUGGGCAUAAUGCUUCAGAGAAGGACCUGCCAGAGUUGCUAUGCUUUGCUGCUUAAUAAAUUUGAAAGCAAAUGUCCAAUUCCUCUGUGGGAAUAUGUGCAAUGCUCGCUGUUUCAAAUAUAUAUUCCAAGGUUUGUUCUUUCCUUCUACACUGUGUGGACAAGGAUGUUUCUAGAUUAACAAUUUUUAUGCCCUGUAGGGCCAGGCAUAGAGUCAUUCCUCAUGGAAAUGAAUGAAUGGAGAUAGUUGAAAAUCUCACAGUUUCUUCUGAUGGGGCCUGAGGCAUAGGAGGGGAAUUCUCUGACUAGUUCCAAACAGUAAGAUGGAAAUGCCUUGGAGUCUUUCCCCUACUGCCAAUUGAUAUUCUGUCUUGAAGGAGCCAUUUUAAUUAAUUUCCUCAGUCAAACAUCCUAUGCAAAUGUUGAGACAUUCUUAACUUUAUGGUACUUAUCAAUUAGUUUUAAUUUCUUUAUAAAGUCAGAAAUGCUAUAUUUAGACUUCCUGGAAAUACAGACAAUCAUUUUAAUUACUAAAGGUGCUAUUUAUUUUCCAACAUUGACCUUGAUCAUGAAUGCUCCCAUCUGCUAAGUUUUAUGGGUUCUUUUUUUAGGGGUGAGGAGCAGUGCAAUAAAAAUUAGAUGAUCUUUUUUUUGUCUGAAUUAUGCAACUUGAGAAAAUCUGUAACUAUUUUACUCUAUUGUUAACUGUAUUUUAAUGAUUACUGCUCAUGAAUUUAAUUGCAGGUCUGUGCUAUUUGUUUGAAAAGUACAUAUGUAUAUAUUUCUAGAGUAUGUAAGAAAAACCAGUAUUGCUUCUAUUAAAGUAAAAUUUUUGUUGAUGUUGAAUUUUUGAUAUGAGAGCUGUAACUUUUUCCUUAACCAUCAAAUGCUAUGCUAAUCUAUGCUGAUCAAAACAUGAUGUACAACUCCA